UGUAUCAUUAUGCUGUGUUCCAGGAAGGAAGUCAAACGUUUCUGUGUGAGAAGUUUUUUUUUUUUUCUUCAACUUUCUGCUUCGAUGUGAAUCGUAAAGUUUAAAAGUAGCGCAUAGAAAGCUGGGAGCUACCUGGAGCCAGCAUGUCGGACUCUUUGGACAGAUCUACGAAGAUCCACCUGUUAAAGGAGCCGAUUGUAAAGAAACUCUGUGAGGUGUUGGAUAAAUCCAGCAAUAAAGGAUGGCGAAAACUUGGAGAGAUCGUGGGCAAUGAUAGGCGCUUUAAAGUCAGCUCGGACGACAUGGAGAUGUGUUCUCUGAAGGUGCUGGCGGUGGACGGCAGCCCCAGCAUGUCGCUGCUGAUGCUGAUGGGAGACCGAGGAUGUACCACGGGUCACCUGAUGGACUACCUCCAGACCCUAGGCAACCUCGACGCCCUGCAGUGCCUCAAACCACCAGCUUUGCAGAUCGUCAUUCAGCCUCAGUCUGUGUCCCUAAUAUGUGGACGCAAUCUACGCCUCAGCUGCCACGCAGUGGGAAAAACUCCAGUCCAGUAUCAGUGGUUCAAAUCAAGGGAAGAGGUACCAAACAGCUCAUCUCCAGAGCUUCUGAUAAGUCCGGUCCAACUGAAGGACGCGGGCUUUUACAUCUGCAGGGUGAACUGUGGUGAUAGUUGUGAAUUCAGCCAAUGGGCUCAGGUGGAUGUCCUUAAUGUUGCCAUGUCUUAUGGGCAGAGUUAUCAGUCUAUAGAUGGGCGGCUAAAGUUAUCAAUCCAGCCUCAGUCCCAGCGACUGCGCGUUGGAGAAGACCUGCAGCUGGAAUGUGGUGCUGUGGGCCGGCCGAUCCCUCGAUACCAGUGGCACAGGAAUGGAGUCCCUAUCCCAAAAGCCACGAAGAGAAAACUCACGAUCCCGCAAGUGAUGCAGGAUCAUCACGGCAGGUAUCGCUGUGAGAUCAGCAGCAGCACGGAAAGAAUCUGGACCAAUGAGGUUGAUGUUGUGAUAGCACCAAGAAUAUCUGUCCAGAUUUCAGGGGCAAUGGAGUGCUCUGAAGAUGACAUUUAUGCCAUUGGAGGAGGUUCCUGUGAGCUUUUCCUAAACAGUUUGCCCGAACAACUGUAUGCGACUGACAAAGUGGCCCUGUUGAUCGGUAAUCUAUCGUACCAGAACCACCCGCAGCUCAAGGCGCCCAUGGUGGAUGUGUACGACCUCACCAAUUUGCUGCGACAGCUGAACUUCAAAGUGGUCUCCCUGCUGGACCUCACAGAGUCGGAGAUGAGAAACGCUGUGGACGAGUUCCUGCUGCUGCUACAUAAGGGAGUUUAUGGUCUGCUGUACUACGCCGGCCACGGAUACGAGAACUAUGGAAACAGCUUCAUGGUGCCGGUGGACGCGCCAAACCCGUACCACUCAGCCAACUGCUUGUGUGUGCAGAGCAUCCUAAAGCUGAUGCAGGAGAAGGAGACGGGCCUGAAUGUUUUUCUGCUGGAUAUGUGCAGGAAAAGGAAUAUCCACGAUGAAAGCACCCCAAACAUCGUCCUGAGAGUGACGGCCAACAUUGUCUUUGGAUAUGCAACGUGCCAGGAUGCAGAGGCGUUUGAGCUAAGCUCCACAGGUUUCACCAAUGGCGUAUUUGUCAAGUUUUUAAAGAAGCGGCUGCUGGAUGACGAGAAGAUCACAGUGGUGCUUGACAGAGUGGCAGAAGACAUGGGUCAGUUUGAUGCGACGAAGGGUAAGCAGGCUCUGGAGAUCCGCAGCAGCUUAUCAGAGAGGAGAGCAUUGACCGAUCCUAUUCUGCCCGGCGACAGCCCAGAUGUUGUUCACGCACACAGCCACCAGUGGGCAAAGGCUCACGAGCUUCCUGAAAGCAUGUGCCUCAACUUUGACUGCGGGGCUCAGAUCAAGCUGGGCUUUGCUGCAGAGUUUUCCAACGUGCUCGUCAUUUACACUCACAUCAUUAAGAAGCCUGAGGACAUGUCCUUCUGCCAGGCUCACGUCACGGACUUUUCUCCGGACCUUGAUGUGGAUCCAAAGGAAAUGAACAGAGAGACUCCAGAAGAGACUGGGAUCUACUUGCUGUCCAGCAGCCUGCCACAGCACUGCCUCUACACCAGACUCAGCUCGCUGCAGAAGCUCAGGGAGGAGCUGGUUUUCACCGUGUGUCUUCAGGGCACCUUUGCAGCCAUGGAGGAUGAUCCUCCCAUAUGCUGGACCAAAAGCAUCAACAUCGGAAAGCCACUGAUCGCCCGACUGGACCUCCACCAGGCCGUGCGACGGAACAGCUGCCUGCAGACCUGCAUGAUGCCCCACAGCCCGUCUCAGAGCCCCUGUCACAGCCCGGGCCCUGAGCGCCACCAUCACCUCUAUCAGGGGUUGCAUCAGGACUACAACCACCUCUCUGCGCAGAAUUGCUAUCUUGACAUUAGCGAGCAAGCUCAGGGGGCCGUGGGAGCCUGCGGCUUCUCCUGCCACGGCCAACUUGGCCAAUGUGGCUUUGAGCAAUCCUACGAGUCUGAUGGACUCCUGAGCUCUCCUGGUAAACUCAGCAUCCCCAUAGAGACGACGGAGGAUAUCAACGAGCUGCAAACAGUGUUCAUUAACAGCCUGCACCUUCAGCCCCAGUGAAACACAGGCUUCAGUUUCUUUAGUUCUGCUGCUGUUUAAAGGACAUUUUUAUACCCUUUAAUUUCUAAGCAUUAUUUGUUUUAGCAAGCCUUAUUCUAUGGAGGAACAGCUCUACCAUGUUUAAAAAUAAAUACAUAAAUAAAUGCUAACAUAUUUAAAAAUACAUUUUUAUUUUUAAAUAUGGUGGAGCUGGUCCUCCAUAUUAUUCAGAUGUACCUAAGGGUUUUAUUUUUAAAUGUACUUUAGUAAAAUGGCAUGGCUUUCUCUGAGACUGAAUUAUCACAUAAAAGCAAUAAAAUAUGUAUUUUUGCCUGUG